UUAAGGUGAUUUAGAUAUUUUAGAGUAUUCAAAAUACUUUUGUAUUUUUUUUUUUUUGUUAUUUUGAAUACUUUUUAGUUAAUUUAGAUAGUUUAACUAAUUUUAAAUUAGAUUUGUAAAUAAUUUACAUAUUUUGAUUUUUUUUUGUCAAUUUUUGAGGUUUUUAAAAAUAUAUUUUGUAUGAUUUUAAACAUUGGUUAAAUCCAAUCCGAACCAAACCCGGAAGGAACCAAACCGAACCCGAUCCGAUAAUUAGUAAAAACCAAAUGGUACUUAUGAGCAUAACACCAAAAAUCCGAAAAUCCGAAUCACCCGGACCGAAACCGAACGGACCACCGAACGCCAAUGCCUAUGAUCAAGAUUCAAUCUAGAGUACUCAUACAAUGAUCAUUCAUAUUCUAUAGAUCUAGACAAUCUAAACUAUAGUCUUGCUCUAAAGACGAAAACCGAUCUCCUUCCCGAUUUACCUUAGAUUUGUCAAAAUUGAGGCAUCCAAACUAGGUAUAGCUAUUAUACUCCUUCUAAAUAUAAAGAGUCAGCUAAAACCAAAUAAAAUAUUGUUGAAGAACGAAAUCAGAGGAUGCCCGAUCGACAAUAUAAAGGAAAUAAAUCAAGGAUUUAUUCAAACCAAAUGCAAAUAUUGACUAGUGAAUCAGUUAACAUAACAGAUUGCUCGCAAUUAAAAUUAUAAAUAGUCUUCAAAUCUUCAUGUAAGUCACACAAACAACAUAUAAUUACAAUAGAAAAUACAAUUUACUCAAUAGAAAUGGAGAAAGUAGCUUUCAUAUUUAUUGGUCUUAUACUUUUCUCAACAUACACUCUUAUUCUAGCACAAUCUUGUCAAACGGUCUCGGAUUGUGUUCAUCUGAAAUGUGUAACGAAGAUAAAAUGUGAGAACAACCAUUGUAAAUGCGUCAAUCCAAAACACAUAGCUUUACCACUUGACACGAACUGUGGUGUUGCUGCUUGCAUUGACUUUUGCAAGGCGAAAGGUGAACAAGCUUAUGCUUGUAUCUUAAACCAGUGUUAUUGUCGUAAACCUCCUAUCUACUAAGUAACAAUAUUGGCAUGUUCAACUACUGUUAUUUCCACAAGUUCUCGUUCAAGACUUUUAUUAUAAUAGUCUUUUCUAUCAAAUAAAAAUAAUAAAAGAAGAUAUCAAUGUUUCAAUUCUACGAAAUUUUUCAUCAGUUGUCUUUUUCGAGGGCAUUUUUCUCGGCGUGGAUUAAAUUUCAAUCAUAUACUCAAAGUAGUAUAAGAGAUGUCAAUCCAAUCCUUAAUUGUUUUAAGCAAUGAGAAUAAAAAUUAUUUGCCUAAUCUAAACAAUCAAGAUGUAGUUGAAUGAUGAUAUCAAGUAACUAGCAAGAAAUCAAGUUCACAAGAGCAAUGAAUCUAAACAAGUAUUCAAUCAAUAGUUAAAAUGGAUCCAUGGGCAAGGACACUGAUUUAAGAUCACUUAACCCGAACCGGAAAAUCCGAAACCAAAUCUGAACUGUUUUACAAAAAUAUCCGAAUGGAACUUAUGAGCUUACUACUUUGGACUUUGGUUAUAACCUGAAACAAACCAAAAUCCGAAUUAGGAUCCGAAUAUAUCCGAAAUUAGUUAAAUAUGUUAAUGUUUUUAUAUAUAUUAAGGUGAUUUAGAUAUAUUAGAGUAUUCAAAAUACUUUUGUAGUUUUUUUUAUUUGUUAUUUUGAAUAAUUUUUAGUUAAUUUAGAUAUUUUAACUAAUUUUAAAUUAGAUUUGUAAAUAAUUUACAUAUUUUGAUUUUUUUUGUCAAUUUUUGAGGUUUUUAAAAAUAUAUUUUGUAUGAUUUUAAACAUUGGUUAAAUCCAAUCCGAACCAAACCCGGAAGGAACCAAACCGAACCCGAUCCGAUAAUUAGUAAAAACCAAAUGGUACUCAUGAGCAUAACACCAAAAAUCUGAAAAUCCGAAUCACCCGGACCGAAACCGAACGGACCAUCGAACGCCAAUGCCUAUGAUCAAGAUUCAAUCCAGAGUACUCAUACAAUGAUCAUUCAUAUUCUAUAGAUCUAGACAAUCUAACUAUUAAAACAGAAGUACAUUUUGUACUUAGUCUUGAGCUUUCCUCGAUAAUUACAAUGGCAUGCCACUUGAAUUAAAACUAUGUCGUUUAAUACAUUCAAUAACCGAUUAUUUCGGUGGCCAAUAUCUAAACUAUAUAAUUUCGUUUGCCUGCCCAUUUUUGUUUCACAUAACAACUAGCGAGCCCAAUUUUGUUUCAAAGCCCAUAAAGGUUCAUACGCAGCCCAAUAUACUCUGAAAAUAAAAGGUUUAAACUUCUAUAAAAAUUAGAAAAUCUCAGAUCCUCAAUCUCUUUAAAACAAAAA